AUGGCCUCACCUAUGGCUCAACUACUGGUCCUCAUCCUGCUGUUUUUCUGGAACACCCCUGCUCUGGCGGGCACCAACGAUGCAGAAGACUGCUGCCUGUCAGUGACCCAGCGCCCUAUCCCCAAGAAUAUCGUGAAGGCCUUUCGCUACCUCCUCAUGAAAGAUGGCUGCAUUGUGCCUGCUGUAGUGUUCACCACGCUGAGAGGCCAUCAGCUCUGUGCACCUCCAGACCAGCCCUGGGUGAAACGCAUCAUCAAGAGAUUGCAGAGGCAAAAACAAUAA